GGUUAAGCUGUUCUCUAGUGGCUGGGGGGCUAUGGUCAUGCCAGGACCAGAAGGGAACAAGGGGAAUAGUAGAGCAAUGUCCUCGGUUAAGGCUCGUCUCCCCACCUUCUAGAAUAUCAAAGUGGUAGAAGAUUUCCACCAUCUAAAAAAUGAUAGACGUGGUUGAAGAUGCUUAGAAUAGAUGCAUUUGAUUUCUUUAGCACAGAUUCAAGCACUGAGUUCUCCGCUUCAAAGCUUCUUUAAUUUCCUGACGCUGUUUUCUCACGCCUAGGUGCCAGUUAUUUCCAUAGCUGAGUUUUCUUCGUUUUCCUCUUAGGAGGAGCCUGAGAAAAUGAGCCUUAGAAAUGAAGCACUUUCUAGAGCUCGUCCUCUAAAAUGUUGACAGCAGUCUGUCCUUUCGAAGCCAAGAAAACGCCUAAGCUGGUCGUGCCGCCGGUCCGCCGCAAUGGUCGUACAUCUACUUCGGGCGGCAGCAGUCGUAGACGGAGGGGGAAGCUAAUAACCUCCGCUCUGGUGGAUAAUAUUGCAGGUGCUGGCCAAUGGCUAGCGACUGAAUGGCAGGUUCCUCUUAUGAAGAAGUUCUGCUCAGACACUCACUCUCACUCUCUGGUCGGUGUGUAGCUUACUCUUAAGUA